GAAGAGAACGUAAAGACAUUGCCACCUCUAUUUGAAGAUUCUGAUCCGGAAGAUAUUGUCAUCUUGGUGGCGGAUAUGUUGAACAGAUUAACGACACAUAACGAUUCAUUGCCUCUCCAUCCUUCUUCGCUUACCCGCUUUCACUCAAGAGCAGCACCAGGAAUAACGAUUUUAUCUUAUCUACGACGGAUAGCAAAAUACACAUCAUUGGAAAAAUCAUGCAUGCUUAUCCUUUUGGUAUACAUUGAUCGCGUUUGUCAACGUAUUGCCGGUUUCACAAUUUGCAGCUUGACCGUUCACAGAUUCGUUUGUGCGGCUGUUGUUUGUUCAAGCAAAGCAUUAUGUGAUGCAUUCAGUACAAAUGGUCAUUAUGCUCGUGUUGGAGGAAUAUCGUUAAUCGAAUUAAAUAUGUUGGAAAAAGAAUUUCUCAAUAUUAUUGAUUGGAAAUUAUCUUGCAGCGGAGCACUUUUACAACAUUAUUAUACCAGCUUGGUCAGAUCACAUGAAUCG